AUUUAGUCUAUGAAAACAGCGUAAUAUCAGUUCUCUGUUAUGUGGUCUUGUGCAACUUGCUUCAUAGGACGACAUCCUAUAAAAUCUGUUUAGUAUCUCGCAGCCAAUGUUAUAUUAUUGGAAUGGACACAUAUAAGCAAUAAAAGUUAUAGGAAAAGACUAGUAACUAUUUGUAUCAAACUGGAAAAUUCGUCUUCCACAAAAUCUUGACCAUGUGCACAUCUAUCACCUUGAGGUGCUUUUCAAAUUUGCCCAGCAAAAUCCCUUGAUAAUGGCAUUCAACACUGAAAGUAUCAAUUAUAUAUAUAUAAUUUAAUGUUAUUUAUCCAUUUUGAGUGUAUCAAAUGAUGUUGAUUAAAUUUACUUUUAAAAAGGUUGUAGUUUACAGGUCCUGCUCAUCAAUUCUAGACAGUAGAGCUCAAUCUAUGAUGCAUAAUUAUCUGAUUUGCAUUUCGUGAGCUUUUGAGAUCUCAGGAAAUGCACAAGCUAAUACCCAGGAGAGCAAGAGUGCACUUGUGACAAGUGUGCACAUUUUAGCAUUUACCAAAUUUGUUAGUGAUUCUUGAGUUUGUUCAUAAUUUUCUGUUUGGUCUCUAUCCAGUUGGUAUAAAUUUUCCCUCACAGGGAAAUUCAAUGAUUGAAAAUUGAAUAUCCGGAAGGCCGGAUAAUCCGGCACUGGAUCGCUGAUUUUUUGAAAAUCUGGCUCUGGCCGGAUUUUUUCCAAAAUCCGGUGAGUUGCCAGAUUUUCCAGAACUUAACAAGAUCAACGAUAAAACAAGCACCUUAAAAAGAGAGUUGAAAUGAAAGUGCUUGUCAUCACGAAGCAGGAAGACUGGAUGAUAUAUUUCACAAAUUUGGUCCAGGGUUGCCAGAUUGGCUUCUUAGGCCAAAUUUUUCAUUUUUGGUUUUUAGAUUUAGAUUGCCUGGAAAAAUUGUUGUUUGCUUGCUACUUAAAUUUGACCUUGUUGGCCUUUUCAGCAGAACGUCUAAAAUUAAUGAGUAAUUACUAAAUUCAUGGAAUAAUUAGUAGUUAACUACAAAGUGUUAACCAAAUUUCAAAUUUUAUCACCUAACCUAAAUAUUAUCUUGAUUUUAGAAAAGGGUUUUGGAAAAAAGUAAGAUUCUUAUCUAAGUUAAGAAAUUAUCUAACAGGCACAAGCUUAGAAAUAUAACCAGUGCCUGGUCGAUGGAUUCUUGAGAAAGUUUUUGAUUUGACCUUUUUAUGAGCAUUUUGGCUAAAAUUGUUCACCAGUCUAGCCUUUGUUUGUUCUCUGCUCACCAGUCUAGCGUUCGUUUGUCAAAAAUUCAAUCUGGCAACUCAAAUGGGUCUCUUUGAUUAUCUCGCUAUACAUUUUUUCACAAAGUGGCUCAAAACUUUUAAUUAGUGAAAAAUCCAUAAAUGGCCAGAUUAUCCAAUAAAAUCCGGCCGGAUAUUCCAUGAAGAAAUCCAGUAAAUCCGGUUCCGGCCGGAUUCUGAAAAUCCUGAUCCGGUACACCCCGAGGUCUAGAGGGCCUCAAAAAGGUAAAUUGGUUUAAAAGAUUGAAAGAAAACAAAAACAAGGAUUAUUCUGGAAUAUUUUAAGCUAGACUUAAAGGUGUGGUCACAAAUAUUUUCUGCUUCCAUUGCUUGCUUGGCCAUAUCUUUCAAUUUAGCCCUAGGCCUUGGAAACUCAAUUUCGAAUGACAAACUUUUUCCAAUCUUUAGCAAGCAAAUUUAGAAAGUCAUUUUAUGAUCUUUAAAAAAGAAGUAAUUUUAAGCCACACCCAAAAGCAAACCCAACCAUGCUUGUCACAUGCAAGAGUAAACCUAAUAAUUUAAAGAAAAAUCCUCCAGAGUGCAGCUGCCAUGGAAUUCAUACUGGAUAAUUACAAGCAAGCAUUAUCUUUUUUUAAGAAUGUACUUGUCUAUUCAAGAUGCAAAUAUUUGCGUAACUCUGCAAAUAGUAAGCUGCUUAUACUUUUAAGAAAAUAGAUAUAAAAUAUAUUCUGCUGAAAAUUGAAACGAGACCUAAAAAGGAAACAAGAUUUGGUCAUUAUUUUUAAUCAUAGAGUUAGGACAAGGAACUAAGACAAGUACUUGGUUGAUCAAAUGGCUCAAAGCUUCCCCAGGUCUGGAAAUUUUCAGCUAAUCAUUAUUAUGAUUGAGAGAUUCAAAAAUCUUGUUGUUUUGUAGAAAAACUGUCAAAACUGAUGCUGCUUUGAAAACAGUUUAAACAAUUUUUCAAGUAAUAAUUGUUUCCCAACAAAAUUUUGAAAUAAGUUGCUAAACAUUUGUUUAACCCUUUCCUUGCCACGAGCCGCUUUAGAGGCUUCGCCUUGUUUCCCUGUAAACGCCACUGGCCGCUUUAGCGGCAUUGAUGACGUAAUUCAGUUACAUAACUUUGGCUUUGAUUUUCUCAAUAAUGAUGUUGCUAUAGAUACCUUUCAUUCAUUUAAUCCUGUAGACAAAGGAUGAAACCACAGGCACACGUGUUCUUUGUCACAUGUUUCUAUAUGAAAUUUCUGAAAUAUCAACCGUUGAACUUUGUUUUGAGUUAGGCCAUGUUUGUUGAGCGAAGGAAGCAUGGCGACGAACGACUGUAGUGCAUUGAGUGAUAGUGAUUCUGAAAGUAGCGAUUCCUCUGCUGCCGAUAUCGGAGAUUUUAGUAGCGAAUUUAUCGAUGAAUUCUACAAUGUUUUUGGAGAUUCGGAUGAUGAAGAAGAGGAGUUUGAGGGAUUUCGUUUCGAAAUGCCGGAGGUCAAAUGGGCGUUGGGAGGAAAUGUGCGAAGACAAUCAGCUGAUGCUGAAACUGUAGAUGAAAGGCCGAAACCUGCAGAAGUAGCAAAUCUUUCGUUGGAUGCAAAGCCAAUCGAAUAUUUACAAUUAUUUUUAUCAGAUGAACUACUGCAAAGAGUUGUAGACUGGACCAUUAUGAACGCAGAAAAAAAAUUGGGUGCAACCGAAGGAGAACGCUGGACUACAACCUUGGAUGAAGUCAAAGCAUAUUUAGGUGUUGUACUAAUUGCAAACAGUUUGCUAACAACACCCAGAAAUGAAAGAUACUUUAUAGCAGACGAAAAUAAAUGGAUCUUUCAUACAAAUAUUUGCAAGGUCUUUUCAAAGAACAGAUUUAGAGAAAUCCAAAGAUUUAUCCAUUUUUGCGAUCCAAAUAUUCCCGCAACAAACGACCGUUUGUACAAGGUUAGGCCAGUUAUUGACCAUUUGCAAAAGAAGUUUCGAGAGAUGUAUGUUCUGGGGAGAGAAAUGUCAGUAGAUGAAAGCAUGAUCCCAUUCAAAGGGCACAUUGCUUGGACCCAGAGAAUGCCGCAAAAACCGGUGAAAGUUGGAAUAAAAGUGUUUGUUGUAGCAGACUCGCAAACAGGUUACUGCUGGAAUUUCCAAAUUUAUACUGGAAAGGUAACAGACCAAGAAGAUGAUGUUGGAGACCUUGGCAAAACUGAUCGUGUUGUGAUCGAUUUGGUUAAAAAUUUAACCCACCAAGGACAUCAUUUAUACCUUGACAAUUUUUAUACCAGUGUGCCCCUUGUUUUAUUCCUGAAGAGCCAGGGAAUUUAUACAUGCGGGACAAUGAGGUCAAAUCGCAGGUAUUUUCCUAUUGAUAUUCUCUCCAGAAAUGCAAAAUCGAUGGCUAGGGGAGAAUUCAAUUUUGCAUUUUUCAAAGGCCUAACUGCUCUAAUGUGGAAAGAUUCUAAGCCUGUCUAUUUCCUGAGUUCCAUUCAUGAUGCCACACUUGGAAAACCAGUGACAAGAAACUUAAAGAAGAACGGCAAAUACGAAAAGGUUCAAAUUGCAUGUCCAAUUCUUGUCAGUGAUUACAACACAAAUAUGGCUGGUGUGGACAAAAGUGACCAACAAUCUGUUGUGAAAAAGGAUAAGAAACAGAAGACGUAUUAUAUGAGAAUAUUUAUAUCCUUUUUCAUGAAAUGCAUAAAUAAUUCUUAUAUAAUUGAAGGGCAUGUCAAGCCUCACGUUGUUCAGGGUAAGGCCAAGCGAGACCUUCUCUCCUUCAAAGAAGAACUUGCCAUACAAUUGGUUGGCAAUGUCCGUGCAAAGGGGAAAGGAAGAAAAAGAAAGAGGACAGAGGAAGAUAAAAGGCUACAGAAUGUUGGGGCUCAUCUGCCAAAAAAAGGCCAAGGCAAAGACCACAGAUGUCUUGUCUGCAAGAGAAAAAGGCAGAAUUGGAUAAAGCAGAACCCAGAUGCCGAUCCAAAAAACUGCCCAUUCAGUUUAUCGAAAACAACUUUUUGCUGUGCAGGUUGUGAGCCACAGGACACUGUAUACCUCUGCAUAACAAAGGAAAAUAACUGUUUUAUUAACUAUCACACCAAAGUUCAAUUUUGGCUAUAAUAAGUGUGACUAAUAUCCUAUUUUAACAUUAAUUCACUAAUAUAUUUUUUAUACAGAUGUAUUUUUUUACUGUUUUCUAGAAAUGAGAUGAAAGUUGCAUUUUUGGA